GUGGUGCUCAGCAGGUACACUAUUCAGAAACGACUGUGAAGUAGACAAAAAAUCCAAGCAGAUUCCCAAUUAUACAGUGCUUCUGCUGUUAUCUCUUACAUUGUCGUAUCAGUUAAAACCUUCUUCGGUAGCAGCGAAAAGUACUUGAUCAGAAUCGGCAAUCGUGUUUAGGAUUAUUACCGAUGGCCUCUGCGGUUCGGAACUUCAGUCGCAUUUCGUCGGGCAAGUGGAAUCGUCCUGUGUUUGGUGGGAAGGCCGGUAGUGAUAGUGAAACGCGCUAGUGACCGAUUCAGACCUUAUUAACCCGAGCACCAAAACGAUCCAGUGCUGUGCGAUGCAAGUGUGACACAGAGAGUGCUCUCGAAUACUUAAAUCCUUCGGACAGAAUCAGUCAUAUCAACCGUUGUUAACCAUGGUGAAGCAAAUAACGGAGAACCCACAUGGGCAGUUCACGACCGAGGACUAUACCGUCUUCGUGGUGAUGCUGACCGUUUCGGCUGCCAUCGGGAUCUACUUUGGGUUCUUCGAGGGCAAGAAGAACAAAACCACCGAGGAGUACCUGCUCGGGGGGCGUCGAAUGAAGGUGUUUCCCAUAGCGGUAUCGCUGAUCGCCAGUCAACUGUCGGGCGUUUCCAUCAUGUCCGUUCCGGCCGAGAUGUACUCGUACGGGGCACAGUACUGGAUAAUAGCACCCACCAUGAUCGUCAUCGUUAUGAUCAUUAACUACAUCUUCGUUCCGGUGUUCUACAACAACCAGAUCACCAAUUGCUACCAGUACCUGGAGGACCGGUUCAGCCCGGCCGUCAAGAAGUUCGUCACGUUCACCUACGUGCUGAACAUCUAUCUGAUCUUGCCGAUCUUCAUCUUCAUCCCGUCGUUGGCGUUCGCCCAGGUCACCGGCACCAACAUCCACCUGAUCAACGGGAUCGUGUGCUGCGUGUGCAUCUUCUACACCAUGCUCGGCGGGAUCAAGGCCGUCGUGUGGACGGAUGUGGUGCAGGGUGUGAUAAUGUUUGCAUCCUGUUUUCUGGUGGUGGCUGUGGGCGUCGUCAAGAUUGGCGGUUUCGGGGAAGUGUUCACGCGAGCGGCAGCCGGCGAUCGGCUGAACAUUUUCGACAUGACCUUUGACGCAACGACGAGACAGACAUUCUGGACGUCCAGCAUUGGUAACGUAUUCCUCUGGACCGGGUACUUGGGCCUGAAUCAGAGCUGUGUUCAGCGGAUGGUGGCGGUGCCGAGCGUUCGUCAUGCUCGCACUGCACUGUGGAUCUUCUGCGCCGGGUUCAUCAUCAUAACCAGCUUGAACUGCUUUACGGGGAUUGUGAUUUUUGCAAAGUAUUUCGACUGUGACCCGAUCAAGGUCAAUCUGGUGCAGAAGGCCGAUAAGCUGCUGCCGUUCUACGUCCAGGAUGUGGUUGGAAAUCUGAAGGGAAUGCCCGGAGUGUUCAUCUCGUGCGUUUUCAGCGCUGGUCUAAGCACCAUGUCGGCCAAUCUGAACUCCCUGGCCGGAAUCAUCUACGAGGACAAUAUUCGCCCGUUCAAGCUGUUCAAACACGCCGACGCGUCAGCCAACUUAACCAUGAAAAUGCUGAUUCUGUUCAGCGGUCUGUACUGUAUCGUGAUGGGCCUGGUCGUGGAACAGUUUGGUCAUAUUCUCCAAAUGGUGGUCACGAUAGCCAGCGUAACGCAAGGUGCCGUUAUGGGGAUCUUCUGCCUGGGCAUGCUGUGGCCUUGGGCGAACAAGCACGGUGCUCUGUGGGGUUCUGCGGCCAGCGUGAUCGGAAUGUCGUGGAUCAUUGCGGGAGCGCAGUUCGCGAUCAAAAAUGGCGACCUGAGCUAUCCUCCGAAGCCCACCAGUGUGGAAGGUUGCGCCGAGUAUGGCUUCAACGUAACGCAGUCGGUUCUUGGGCAAUCGACGGCCGUUACGGAUGACAGUAGCGGUGGGUUCUCGAUCUACAAGAUGUCCUUCGUGUGGUACUCGACCGUUGGAACGUUCUUGGUGUUCCUGGUGGGGAUUCCGGUCAGUUACCUGACCGGUUCGCAAGAUCUGAGCAAAAUGCAUGCCAAGCUGAUAUCGCCGGUGGUACACCGAUGGCUGCCCAAGGAAAUUACCAAAAGUGAAUUGGUUCUUAAAACGAGUGGAGUAAAUCCAGAGGAUGUUCAAAUCAAGGAGUGGGUUUUUACUCCAGCCGAAGAAGAAAAAAGGAAAAAGUUGCGUGACACAAAUGAACAUGUUAUGUGAGGGGAACACGUAGAAAAUAGUUUCUAAGACAAAUUAUAGUUAAUGCUUACUGCCUUAUCUUAUAAAUCUUAUAAGAUUUUGAUGUAUUUAUAUAGAAUUAGUUAUGCUAAAGUUUUUGAACACGUCACUUUUAAUAUGUUCACACAAUUAUAGAAAAUUCUAUAUGUUCGCAUAUGAUAUACUAGAACAAUAGUAAAGAAAAUAAAACAAUGUAUUACGUUGGUAAAAUA